CUGGUGACGCCUCCCCGUGCCUUUGGCACUGGGCAGCAACUAGAACAUCGCCAAAGGUCAUCUGGUAUAUUGUGUUUUGGUAUGAUCCUUAUGAUUUCGAAUAUCUUUACUCUAUUAAGUAAUUAAUACAAUUGUUAUAGAUAUACUUGGAGAUAUAAAAGAUCUUUCAGAGAAAAGGGAUAUUGUCUUAAUUGCUGCCGGUUUCCUUAAUUAAAGCGCAGUGUGAAAGGCAUCGCGAGGUGUCACAAGCUAGUGCUAGUAGCUGACUGCAGCCACUAGACCUCAUCACAACGCCCAAUGACCGUUUGAAAUAUCCACGAGCGAAACAUAUUAGGACAAUAUGACGCCGAUCGGUGAUCAUGCUGGCGAAAGAGAGAGCCUCGCCCCUAUUCGGACCUCACCUUAACCUAUCCCGUCAAACCGUUCGAGCUGAAGAUCUCUAAUCUAUAAUCUCCGUUGUACCUACAUAUCUUUCCCCUUUUUUUUCUUCUUUCAUCAGGUCGAAAUCGGAAACUAAACAAAUUAUUUCUUUGCAAGUCUGGAAGAUCCGCAUAUCUCGUGUCUAGGCAUCGUCAGAUCGUUUGUCAGAUAGGUAGCCAACAUGCACGUCUUCACCUACCUCGUUCUCUCUUUCGCCGGCGCCGCUCACGGCCUCCCAGCCUUCCUUGCCGAGAGUAAGCGGAGUCUGAUCAACAUCAGCCCCGUCAUCGACCUCGGGCUGAAGCUUACGAACGCCAAUUCAUGUCUCGGGUUAGGCGUGUCGGUGUGCGACCCUAUCACCGUUAACUCGACUACGGCGGACCACGCCUCUAGCUCCGGCUCCAGCCCCUCUAAAACUAUAAUGGAGUUGAGCAACAGUGGCGAUGACUCGCUGAUCAACCUGAGCCCUACUAUCACGCCCGAUCUCGACCUAACCAACGAGAACAACUGCUUGGGCAUCGGCAUUAGUGCCUGUGAUCCCAUUACUGUCGGGUCUGACGUUAGCAAGACGGUUACCAACAGCGACGAUUCUUCCUCUGACGAGAAGCCCGACACCGUGCAGUCUAGCUACCCUACCGCCACCGCUACCAGCGAAAGCACUCCCACUACCGCCAGUGCCAGUGCCAGUGCCAGUGCCAGCAACAGUGAUAGCAGCAGCGGUGGUAGUCUGCUCGACCUGAGCCCCAACGUCUCCCCUGAUAUCAACCUAAAGAACGAGAACAGCUGCCAGGGCAUCGGCAUAUCCGCGUGCGACCCCAUCACCGUGAACUCCACGACCACCCAGAACGCAAGCUAAUUGCUUACACACCUGCUUUCUUAUGUUUUAUAUUAUAAGUCGUCAUUAACAUACCUCAAAUUCAUUCAUGUACCUAUAUAUUAACUUUAACCCACGAGUUCGAUGCGUGGGCUAUAAUAAUAUCUGGUAUGGGCGCACACCUGGUCUUAUGAUCAAUUUAUGUACUUAAAGUGUCGGAUAACUACCUAUACAUACGGGCAUUCAUAUAUCCACUUUCCCGGUG